CUCCUGGGCACCCCACGGCGUUCUCCUGCUCCCUACCCCACCCUGCCAAAUCCCUAUCUCCUCUACUUUCUACACUCUCUGCUCUGUCCGUUUCUCUCUUCUCUUCCAUAGAAAUUCCCUUUCAACUACUUCACCGUCGUCUUCACAAGGAUCAUCUGCCGUUUUAGCUGGAUUUUUUCAGAACUCAGAAGUAGGGUUCUUGAAUUUGAAGACACUUUCAAGGUUGAUAAUUAGAGUGAGGGUUUAAGCAGCAAAAAGGGAUGCAGCAACCACCACCAAUGAUCCCAGUCAUGCAUUCUUUUCCACCCGCCAAUAUCACCACUGAGCAGAUUCAAAAGUAUCUGGAUGACAAUAAGAAACUUAUCUUGGCAAUUUUAGAAAAUCAAAACCUUGGGAAACUCGCUGAAUGUGCCCAGUAUCAAGCUCAACUUCAAAAGAAUCUGAUGUACUUGGCUGCAAUUGCGGAUGCCCAACCACAAGCCCCGACGAUGCCCCCCCAGAUGGCUCCCCAUCCGGCAAUGCAGCAGGGCGGGUUUUAUAUGCAGCAUCCUCAGGCCGCAGCGAUGACACCACAACCGGGUAUUUUCCCCGCAAAGAUGCCCUUACAGUUCAGUACCCCGCACCAUCAAAUGCAGGAACAGCAGCAACUACAGCAGCAGCAGCAGCAAGCCAUGCAAGGGCAAAUGGGCGUGCGACCCGGGGGCGCUGCUAAUAAUGGCAUGCACCCGGUGCCGCCCAACGAGGUCACUCUCGGAGGCGGUGCCGGCGCUUGCCCUCCCCCGACUUCCGCUCCAAGCGAUGCGAGCGGUGGCAACAAGCAAGGCAACCCCUCUACUGGCACCGACGCCCAACCCGGCUCAGCCAUGGGCUCGGAAGACGCCAAGUGAUGAUGGUAUCGGCUAAAUUAUGGCAUAGUUGGUAGUAUAAGAGAACACAAAAACCGCUAGCUUAGCGUCUCUACUGCGGUGCAAGAAAUCGAACUACUAGUCGUGUCGCCCUCUCCUUAGAAUAGCUUUAGGUAGGGUUUGUUUCUCUUCUUCUUCUUCCUCUUCCAAGUAGAGAUGUUGUAGGAUUUACACUUCACUCUCUAAGUCACUCUGUGUUGUAAAUUACACCAAGAAAAAGCUUGUGGUUUCUGCUUAAACUACAACAGAUUUCUCUCAACCCCCAGCAAGUAUGUAUUAGAUUGUA